CCCAGAAGACCCAGAAGCCCAAGGCUGGCCGUUCCGCCAUCGCCGAUGUUGUCGCUCGCGAGUACACCAUCCACAUGCACAAGCGUGUACGUUGUUCAGUUUGAUGAAGUCCAUCAAUGGCCGCUCUCCAACAUGAGCUGGUAUCGGGCGGAAGACUGAUUCCGGAUUUUUCUAAUAUAGGUUCACGGUGUUUCCUUCAAGAAGCGCGCUCCCCGCGCCAUCAAGGAGAUCAAGGCCUUCGCCGAGAACGCCAUGGGCACUCGCGACGUUCGCCUCGACCCCCAGUUGAACAAGAAGGUCUGGGAGUGUGGUAUCAAGGGUGUUCCUUUCCGCCUCCGUGUCCGCAUCUCGCGCAAGCGUAACGAUGAGGAGGGCGCCAAGGAGAAGCUUUACUCCUACGUCCAGGCCGUCAACGUCAAGGACCCCAAGGGUCUUCAGACCACCGUUGUCGAGGACGCAUAAGCGUAUCGCUUCAGGAUGCCGGACUUGACUUGAUUGGUUUUUUCAAAAAGAGGGCGCUGGUCAUGGAAUGGGAAUGAACAACUGUUUUACAUUUUUACUGAGCUGGGAUGCAUCGGUUUAC